GUUUACUUCCAAUGGCCUCAGAUCAGAGCACGAACCCACCAAUCAUGGAGUCAAAGCCUCGACACCCUCUUCACCAAAUCGCCGACACGCCAACACACAAGCUCCUCCUCAAACAAUGGCUUAAAGAAGAAGAGCUCAUCCUCAACCGCGUCUCACACAAAGAGUCUCAGAUCGAUUCAGUUCGACGAGAGAUCACUCAGCUCUACAUCUUCUUCUUCCUCUUCCACUCCAUCUCUCUCCUUCUCCUCUUCCACGCCUCUUCCUCCUCUUCUUCAUCUACGUGUAAGAGAUCAUGGAUCCCUUCUCUAUCUGCUCUCGUCUCUUCACUUGGGAUCAUCUGGGCCGUACGGUACAAGUCUGAAGUGGAGUCUCAUCUUGAGAAGUUGUUGGAGAGGGAGAAGGAAGAUGCGAAGCUGUUGCGUAAGUGUGUUGAGGAGUUGAAGAAGAAAGGGGUUGAGUUUGAUUUGCUCAAGGAAGUGGAUGCUCUGCGCAGGGCGAAGAGCUUGAGGGUUGAGUCUAAGGUCGUGAGGAAAUGGUCUGCGAGGGAUUUUGUGACGCUUUUCUUCUUCUCUGUUUCGUGUUUGGUUCUUGCAAUGAUUAGGCUCAUUCUCUGUGACUAGAUUGUGUUUUGAUCUAUUGCCUCUCUUGAUUCCCUUUUGUUAUACUUUACUGUUUGAUUCAGCAGAAUUCUCUUGUUUCUGCAUAUAUGUUCUUGUACUUUUU